AUGAAAGUCAAAUCAGUUGUAGGUUCGACGACAACAGAGACUAGCUUCACCAUUCGAGAGGUGACAAUGUCGGACACUGAAAGUAACCUUGGUUCUGUACAAGAGAAGGAGCCUACUCAAGAUGAGAAUCCGAGCUCGAAGCCUCUUGUAGAAGCUGAGGAAAUGGAAGACUUGUUUGGUGAUGAAAGCGGCAAGGACUCUGGGAGUGAGAACGACGAGGAGGUGGGUUUAAAGGGCGAUGGUGAUGAAGAGCAACACUCGGGGGCCGAGGAUGAUGAACAAGCAAUGUACAAUCGUAAGUUUUAUGGCGAGAACGCUGGAAAUUCGGAUGGCGAAGGCUCCGAGGGUGAGUUCAGAGAAGCGGAUGUGGACGUGGUCAAACAUAUUGUGCCUUACUCAACAGCUCCUGUCCAGGAGAACGAAGGGCAAAAAGGUUUGUUUUACGCGAAAAUGCCACAAUUUUUGUCCGUAGAUCCCGUACCGUUCGAUCCUCCUGCCUUCCAGGACAAAGUUGAACAGCGUGCAGCGCAAUCGGUCUCGAAAGAGGACCAAAUUGGAGAUCGGCUCAUUGACGAGAACACUGUUCGCUGGAGGUACUCGCGGGACAGUAAUCAACGCGUUUACAAAGAGUCCAAUGCACAGGUUGUUCAGUGGUCUGAUGGCACUUACUCGCUACGAUUGGGCGAUGAAUACACAGAUGUUCUGAUAAACGACAUCGACAACACGUAUUUAGCCGUCUCCCACGAGCAACAAGAGCUCAUUCAGUCUGCGAAAGGUGGCGAGAUCUCCAGUAGCAUGAUUUUUAUUCCAACAUCUACCAACUCCAAGAGUCACCAACGUCUCAGCAAAGCUGUAGCUCGCAAGGAGCAGCGUGAACACCAGGGUCCAAAUACUUAUAUUCUUCGGGUGGACCCAGAAUUGGAGCAAAGGGAGCUGGAAAAGAAGCAGGGCCAAAUCAUCCGCGAACGACGUAAGAGACAAUUACGCGAGCAACAGGAGCGCGAAGGGCUUGGUUCUCCAGAGCCUUCAGGAUUGUUAGCCAAACAAAGAGGGGGCUCCUCGUCCAAAUCUGGACUGGCUUACGAUGGUAGUCGGUACGAUGAAUACGAAGACGAUGGAUUCAUGGUAGACGAUGAAGAAGACGAUAACGAACUCCCCGAUGACGAAGAAGAGGACGAAGAGGAUGUUACUGGCGAAAGCGAUGACGAUGACGCUAAAGCUGACCGUUUAAGACAACUCAAACGCAGUGGUGAAUCUCACUAUCGCGAGGAAGAAGCUGAAAGUAAUGCAGACGACGAUGCUUCUUCGCUGAAAAGAAGGAAAGUGGCGAUCUUGGACGACGAUGAGGAUUAG